AUGGCUGGUGAGCUUAUGCAAGCGGUCUGGUAUGAAUCUUAUGGAGGAGAAGCUGCUGGUUUGAAGGUAGGUAGGAUGCAGUGGUGCCGUAAGUUUUGGGUGGUGGCAGCUUGGGGACGGAUGAGGGUAGUGGUGGACGGUUCCAAGAUUUUGAUGACAAUGGCGCUUGUUUGCAGAGCAUAA